UUCUCUGGUGCCUUCACUUUCUCUGCAUCCAUUCUUCGAUGAUUCUUGUCGCUAGUGAUUGUGUGAAGAUAAUGACCAUGCCAUAUGAUGUUAAUCUAAUGGUUUAUUGCUGAUUCACACUUCCAGAUGUCGAAUUGCUUCGAUAGCUCCAUGUUCAGGUGGCUUUCCGAACAGGCCCUAACAAAUUGUAACUCAGGCAGUUGCUAUUUGUGAAUUUUAACCAUCACCCUAUAGCAGCCUCUCCAAAGGGACUGCCAGAAAAGGGUUUGGCAUCUUUGCGUGAGAGAAUAAGUUUACUGUUACAGAAAUGGCAGCUUCAAUUUGGACUCUACAGCUUCACACAGUCUCAGUUCCGCUUGGAAUUCCAGCAAAGGCAGUCGACUUGAGAAGGGAUUAUUUGUUCGAUUGUGCGUGGCGGAGCAAGAGGACCUUGAAGAAAUUUGGCGUAGUUGCCUUGGGUACCAAUGAUGAUGACAAGAAUUCGAAGAAUGAAGUUAUGGUUGUGAGUUCCGAGAAGCGGAGUUUAGUGCAAGACACUGUUACCAAAUUACAAGAGACCAUCAAAUCUCUCCCUCCCCAUACCCUCCUGGUAAAGAAACAUUCUGGUGUUAGUUUAGCAAUUGGACUAUCUACCGUGGUCACCUUACUGGUUAUAAUGGUGAGGAGUUAUGUCUCAAAAAGGUCAAGACGCAACGGCCCUGGUUCUGUAGCUGAUCUUGUCAGGCGUGGCCAGUUAAGAUCUGAUAGAAGAGGCAUAUCGAAUCCUCUCAAAUAUGACGACCCAUUCAAUAAUCCAUUAGUGAAAGUCAGCAAGAGUAAUUCAACUGUAGAGAUGUGUGGGAAAGUGUACCGUUUGGCACCGGUAACUCUUACCAAGGAGCAACAAGCUGUCCAUCAGAAAAGGAGGUCACGUGCAUAUCAGUGGAAGAGACCAACACUGUUUCUUAGAGAAGGUGAUUCAGUACCUCCAGAUGUGGAUCCUGACACUAUCAGGUGGAUUCCUGCAAAUCAUCCUUUUGCAACUACUGCAAGUGAAAUUGAUGAGGAUCUCGCACAAACCAAUGUUUACCAGAAGCACGGUGUCCCAUUCCGUAUUCAGGCAGAACAUGAAGCUCUGCAGAGAAAGCUUGAGGCACUCCAAAGUGAGCAAAAACUUGGUAAAAUAGUCAUUGAUCCUGGGGCUGCAAAAGAUUUUGAGAGGCCAUUCAAAACGCGUCUAAAGACACAGGAGAAACUCGAUCAAGGCCCAAAUAACCGGCAAAUGGGCUCCAAAGUUUCUGAAUCAGAGGGUGCUCGUGAUUCCUUUGUCAACAAGCAUAGGUCUGAAGAAAUGGAGAAACCCUAGAUUUGUUUCAAUACCGUUUUGUAAAUUAUUUUAGAAAUAGGGUAAAGGACAAGUUUGAAGUGAAACCUGAUAGUCAUGUUUUCAGUCAUGAUGUUGCUGGGUUCUAGCAGCAAGUCAAUAAUCAGAAAUGAGACUGUAAAUAGAAGUUUUUUGCUUUGCAGCCAAGUGUACCAAAUGGCUACCUAUUGUUUUAUGUACUACAAUAGAUUUCACUGUUGUAACCUUUGCCUAUUCCGUCGACUCAGCUUUGAAACAUUUUCUGAACCAUUGGCUGUCACCAUGAAAUUGGUGCUUAUUAUAAAAUGUUUGCUGCUCUA